AUGUCCGAAACGACAACGACAACGGCUCAGGCUGGGACUCGCAAAAGCCGCACGACUGCUCCUGCACCAAGGAUUGCAAUAGUUGACCUGACUCCCAACAAUGUUGGCACCCUCCGGAAACUCAACUCGGUCCUCUUCCCCGUCAGCUAUAGUGACAAGUUCUACCAUCAAGUGCUGGAAGACUAUCUCUCGGAUUAUUGCAAACUCAUUUAUUAUAACGAUCUACCAGUAGGAGCUGUUUGUUGCAGAAUCGAACCAGACCCGAAGGAACCUUCUGCAGGUAGCACUGGAAAAGUAAACGGCUCUACGAACACCCAAUCCAAUCAAACCAAAUUAUAUAUCAUGACCCUUGGCGUGCUAGCGCCUUAUCGUCAGCAAGGACUUGCCACGAAACUAUUGCACCAAGUGAUCUCGGCAGCCCAGCAGACACAUCUGGCAGCACAAUCGACCUCCCACCAUGCGAAUGGCGAAGGCCCAACACCCACCCCGGCCAGCACGACGACCCAGCCAGAAAGCAAGAAAACAAGCCAGAAGGGGAAGAAAGCAACAGUCGCCAAGCCCGUCGAAUCUUCAGAAUCCAAGCCGAACCCAUCCCACGAAGACGCCGACGAACAUCCGGUCAAGAUCCCCGCAAUCUCCUCGGCUUACGUCCACGUCCAAUUCGGAAACGAAGACGCUAAAGAGUUCUAUCUCAAGAGAGGAUUCAGAGUCGACGGUGAGGUGGCUGAAUAUUAUCGAAAGAUCGAACCCAGAGGCGCUUGGAUCUUGGUUAAAGAAGUCACUAGUCCUUAG